CCCAGCCCCACUCUCCACAGACCCUCCCCAAUUUCUGCCCCCACAAAUCCGCCGGACGGACUCGGGACAGAAAAUCCCAGAAGAGGGAAAAAUUUCAAACUCGCCGUCUUCUCCUCAAAAAUCCCGCCUCUCCCCUCUGUAUCUCUCGCGCGCGUCCCAUCCUCUCCGAUAGCUGAAGCUUUGAUUAGCGAUGGCUUCCGAUCUCCCCUGCGAUGCGGACGGAGUGUGCAUGGUUUGCAAGGCGAAGCCAACGGAGGCUGAAGCUGUGCUCUGCCGUACAUGCGUCACUCCUUGGCACGUCACUUGCCUGUCCCGCCCGCCAGAGAAUCUCGCUUCUGCUCUCGAAUGGCAGUGCCCUGACUGCUUUCAGUCGCCGGAAUCGGUGGCGGCGACGGCGGCGCCGGCGCUGGUGGGCGCAUCAGCUGAGCUGGUGGCUGCUAUCAGGGCGAUCGAGGCCGACGGUUCGCUUACGGAGCAGGAAAAAGCGCGACGCCGCCAGGCCCUUGUGAGCGGCGGCGUCGCUGGGUUGGCGGCGGCCGAGGAGGUUGAGGAGGAUGAUAAGGGCAGGAAGAAAGCGAAACGGAGCAAUGAUGUUUUGGAUCUUCUUGAUGGAAGCAUUUACUGCUCCUUUUGUAUGCAGCUGCCGGAGAGACCGGUCACCACACCAUGUGGCCACAACUUCUGCUUAAAAUGCUUUCAAAAGUGGGUUGGGCAGGGGAAACUUCACUGUGCAAAUUGUCGGUCUUUUAUCCCUUCAAAGUUUGCAGCACAGCCCAGAAUAAAUUCAACACUAGCUAUGGGCAUUCGUAUGGCCAAAUCUGCAAAAUCAGGCACAUCAAUUGGCACAGUUCAUGAAUACCAUUUCAUUCGUAAUGAGAACAGACCUGAUAAAGCAUUCACUACUGAAAGGGCUAAGAGGGCAGGAAAGUCAAAUGCUUGCAGUGGACAGAUCUUUGUCACAACUCCUCCAGAUCAUUUUGGUCCCAUUACUGCAGAGUAUGAUCCAAAAAUGAGAAGGGGUGUGUUGGUGGGUGAUACCUGGGAUGAUCGGAUGGACUGUAGACAAUGGGGUGCACAUCUACCUCAUGUCGCAGGAAUUGCAGGGCAAAGUGAGUAUGGUGCACAGUCAGUUGCUCUCUCAGGAGGAUAUCAAGAUGACGAAGAUCAUGGGGAGUGGUUCUUGUACACGGGCAGUGGGGGUAGAGACCUGAGUGGUAACAAGCGCACAAACAAGCAGCAGUCAUUUGAUCAAAAAUUUGAGAAAUUUAAUGAGGCGUUGCGUGUCAGUUGUCUAAAGGGCUAUCCAGUGCGGGUAGUAAGGUCCCAUAAAGAGAAGCGCUCUUCGUAUGCUCCUGAAAAUGGGGUCCGUUAUGAUGGAGUUUAUAGAAUCGAGAAAUGCUGGAGAAAAGUUGGUCUUCAGGGUUUCAAGGUCUGCAGAUACUUAUUUGUUAGGUGUGAUAAUGAGCCAGCACCUUGGACAAGUGAUGAGCAUGGUGACCGACCAAGGCCGUUACCUGUUAUCAAAGAACUGAAGAAAGCCACUGAUAUUACUGAUAGGAUUGAUACUCCCUCUUGGGACUAUACUGAAGAUCAUGGCUGGAAAUGGGUGAAGCAGCAACCAGUCAGCAGGAGACCGGUAUACACUGUAAAUAAUGAUGAACAAACAAGAGUAAAAAUAGCCAUUAGGCAUACGCAGAACAAUUCAGUUAAGGAGAAGCUGUUAAAAGAAUUUAGCUGUCUGAUUUGUCGGAAAGUACUGUGUUCGCCAUUGACGACCCCUUGUGCUCAUAACUUCUGCAAGUCAUGCUUGCUGGGAUCUUAUGCUGAUAAGUCCUUUGUAAGGGAGAGAACCAGUGCUGGUGGCCGCACUCUUAGAGCUCAGAAGAUCAUGAAAAAGUGCCCAGCUUGUCCUUAUGACAUAUCAGACUUCUUACAGAAUCCCCAGGUUAAUAGGGAGCUUAUGGAUCUGAUAGAGUCCUUGCAAUCUAAGAAUGAGGAGAAUGUAGGAAAGGGCAUUGGUGAAAAUGAUGGAAUAGAAGAUGAUGAGAAGGCAAAAACUUAUAAUGAUGUUAAUGAUUUAAUGAAAGAAGAAAUCUGUGGUGAAGAAAGUGAUUCAAUGGAGGAAAAAGCCGAUGUUGAGAUUAUUAGAGAGGAAAUAGUUAUUCCUUAAACCAGGAAAUAUGUAGUGGUGCAUAGACAGUUAUUAUUAAACCAGGAAAUCAUGGGGGAUUUUAUAAUUUUUCAUGUAAUGGAUUUGUUAUUCUUAUUUUGCUCAGAUUUUCUA